CUAAAGUUCAUAAGUAACGAUAUCGCUUACAUCUACAAAGUGAAGGUAAAAAAUACAUACGAGUCAUAUCUGCGAGUCGGCUCCCAGUGUUCACGUAAAAGAGCCAGUUACACGAAGAUACAUCACUGUAACAGGGAAGAGUUAAGACGUAAGUGCACUUAUGACUCCCUCACAGGCCUAGUAUGAGCAAGAAGAUUGGUUCCUGUCAGUGGACGCCUGUGCCUCAGAGUUCUCCUGCACCAUGUGAUCGCUAUAAGCACGCUAUUUGUGCUUACAAUGGGAACGUUUACAUGCUUGGAGGUAGAGGGAAGCACUCAUUAAAAGAUUUCUGGAAAUACAAUCUGGUGUGUAACAAUUGGAUCAGGUUGGACUGUGACAGUGACGAAGCACCUGAUGAACUGGAGGAACACAGCAUGGUGCCUCAUCAGGUGAUUUUAAAUAUUAAUCAGGGUGUCCUCUAUGUAUUUGGAGGCUUAAGGGAUUCAGCAUAUUCUCACACAAAAACACCUCUAUGGUUGUUUGACACAGCUAAAGAACACUGGUUCUUAAUAGAAGAGCAAAGUCCACUUGUUCAGAAUGUGGCACCAGCCAACAAAAAGGGACACAGUGCUGUUGUGUUGGGAUCCUCUAUGUUUAUUUAUGGUGGAUACAUUGACAUGCGAGGGACCUCACAGGAAUUCUGGAGAUUUGACUUGGACUCCAGGUUAUGGUCACUCUUGAGUGUUGCACAAGUGGGCCCUGGACCUCGGCAUAGUCACUCUGCCAUAGCCUACGAGGACUACAUGUACCUGUACGGUGGUCUGCAAGGUCUGAAGGAGCAGAGGGACCUGUGGAGGUGGAGCUCCUUCAACCACACUUGGACCUGCAUCAGAACCUUCUCAGGACCCUCUAAACUGAUGGGGCACUCAGCUCUGGUGUAUAAGAACAGCAUGCUGCUAUUUGGUGGUGGAGAGACCCAGACUGCUCCCACUAACUGCCUGUGGAAUCUCAAUCUUGCAACAAUGAUGUGGGAGAGACUGCCUUCAUUGCCUGCAUCCACUGCUCCAUGCCGGAUUCACCACUGCUGUGUGGGUCUUGGCCCUAAAUUCCAGCCCAUGCCACCAAAUAAUACCAGUAGUAAUGAUAUCUCCAUAUCAAAAAGCAAGGACAACACAUUCAGACCCUUCAAGAACAAGUGUUUCCCUUCCAGUCCCUUAAAGUGGCAGCCUGAGGAGGAUAUAGAGCUACAGAAUCUGAGCUGCCUCACCUAUGAAAACCAAGUUGCUCAAGGGAACAGGGACAGUGAGCACUCCGAAAAUGAAACAGAGGACACUAUGCAGGUCCCAAUGCCUGACUUGCUCCUCAUAUUCGGAGGUAAACCUCUAAAAGGCCAAGCUGCCAUUUCAGUGUGGAAAAUGACUCUGGGAGAUUAGCUGGGACAGGGUGAAAAGUUUUAUAUAUGCAAAUGCUAUUUUCUCAGAAAGAAAAAUAUAUAGCCUUGAUUUUCCUAUAUGGGGAUAUAUUUGUGAUAUUUACUUUUUGGACCUUCUGCUGGUGUACCUGUGACAUUCUGAUUUAUUCAUCUGAUUUAUGUAGUGUUGUCUUGUUUGUAUAUUUGUUUUUUCAUGUUUGUUUUCUGUUUGUAUUAGCAGGUACAUAUCUAAAAUAUGUGUGCAAAUAUAUAUAUAUAUAUAAUUA